CCCUACUAGUACUACUCUACUCCUAUAUCCUUUUUCGACUAUGACUACGACGAGGACAACGACGUUGACUACAGCUACGACCACGACGACGACGCAUUAUUGAUUCGUUAAUUAUUUGUCGGAGAAAACCUUGAAUUUUCGUUUGCGUUUUGAAAUUCAAUAUGAUUGCAUGUUGUUUGCUGGAAUUCAGAAAUUGGUUCUCUGAGUUUUCUGGCUCCAAAUUUCCAAGUGAUCAUCGGGACUUCGAAGGCGUUUACCGUUCAUCCUUGGUGAUGCAGUGCUGCGAGGUGCCCCCACCCGAAGAGAAAGAUGUGAUCGUCCAUCAAGUGAUUGCGGAACCAACCACUGAGGGCGGGAAGGAGUCUCAAGUGGUCCCCAUUGUUGAGGUGCCUGACAAUAAGGCUACAACUGAAGAGAUAGAGUAUGAAGACCCGGUGCAAGAGGCAGGUGCACAAGAGCUGGUCACCCAACCUGUUGCCCCACAAGCUUCCUUCUGCAAGCUCUUUUCCCAGAUGGAUUGCGUAGAGCUGCUGGUCUUGACGGUGGGUCUCAUUUGUGCGAUGUGCCACGGAGUAGCGCAAGCACUUUUGGUCAUUAUCUUCGGUGACCUCAUUGACGCCCUUGGUGGAAGCCCGGAUGAAGUUCAACGGGAAACGGAACGGCUUUGUCUGCUGAUGUGCGCCGUGGGUGGGGGUGCCCUGGUGGCUGCCACGCUGCAAGGGGCCUCCUUCAAGAUCUUGUCUGACUCCCAAACGAUGAAAUAUCGUGUGAUGUACUUCCAGGAUGUACUUCACCAGGAUGUCAGCUGGUUUGACACAAAAGAAGUGUCGGCCCUGUCGGCGGAGAUCCAAGACGACUUGGCCAAGAUUCAAGAGGCUUUUGGAGACAAGUUCGGCAACGGGGUGAUGGCACUUUCGGCCUUCUUGGGAGGCUUUGCGUGUGCGUUUGGGCUUGGCUGGCUCUUGGCCCUCAUCUUGUGCGCAGUGCUUCCUUUCAUGGCCCUUGGCACCUAUUUUGUAGGCAAGGCAGUGGCGCAGGUUCAGAUGGAGUCCCAAGGCUGGUACGGCAAAGCAGCUUCCGUGGUGGAAGAGUGCCUCCAUGGCAUGCGCACCGUUGUGGCCUUCGGCGGUGAACAGAAAGAGCUCGAGAAGUUCUCCCAUGCCGUCGCCCAAACACGCAAGGGAGGCGUGCGGAACGGCUUGCGGAUCGGCUUUGGGACCGGCUACUCUUGGUUUGUGGAGUAUUCCAACUAUGCCUUGGCCUUCUAUGCGGGACUGAACUUCGCCUACAAUGGGGACAUCAACCCCGCCACUGGUGAGACCUGGAGAACGGGCGAUAUCAUGUCGAUUUUCUUGUGCAUUUUCAUUGGCAGCUUCAUGUUGGGACAAAUCGACCCCAGCAUCAAGGCCUUCCAAGCAGCUCAGAUGGCUGCAGGUCGCUUCUUCCAAGUCCAUGAUGCAAAGCCUGCCAUUCAGAGAAGAGAUGAGGAUGAGAGGCAAGAGUUGAGCAGCAUCGAGAACUUUGCAUUUGAUCAAGUGCACUUCCACUACCCGGCUCGGCCCAGCGUGAAGAUCUUGAACGGAGUGUCUUUGACGAUCCAGCGGGGUCAGAAAGUGGCCUUUGUGGGGGAGUCGGGCUCCGGAAAGAGCACCAUCAUGGCCCUAUUGGAACGCUUCUACGACCCAAGCUCAGGCAUGGUCUCUGUCGAUGGGCAGGACAUGCGGAAGUUCAAGAUCAGCUCCUUAAGACGAUGUAUUGGCUAUGUGGGGCAGGAGCCGGUGCUGUUCUCCCAAUCGAUUCGGGCGAACAUCAUGCAAGGGAAUCCGGAGGCCAGCAAGGAACAGUUUCAACAAGCCUGUGCCGAUGCACAGCUGGGCUUUGUCGAGAACUUACCGGAGAAGUACAAUACCUUUGUGGGAGCUGGCGGUGGACAGCUCUCGGGUGGGCAGAAGCAGCGCAUCGCCUUGGCCCGAGCCUUGCUGAAGGAGGCGUCCUUCCUCUUCUUGGAUGAGGCCACGAGUGCAUUGGACAAUACCUCUGAGAAGAUGAUCCAGCAGACCAUCGACAGCAUCAGCAGCAAGGGCGAAGGUACCCGUCGCUUGGGUAUCGUGAGCAUUGCCCACCGCUUGAGCACCAUCCGGAACUCUGACCUGAUCUAUGUCUUGAGCAGGGGCGAGGUGGUCGAACAGGGCAAUCACGAAAGUCUGAUGGACCGCAAGGGCGUCUACUACGCACUGGUUGCCGCGCAAGAAUCCUCAGAGAAGGUAGGCGAGGAGGAUGAGCCGGAUAUCCCACACCAGCCAACAGUGGCUUUGAUGAGGGCGCAUUCUGGGGAGAGUGAUGAAUCUGAACUGGCUCGCAAGGAGCGGGAGAAGAAGGAGGAAGAGGACCGUCAGAAGAGUAUUAAUGACAACUACAAGGUGCCUAUGUCUCGGCUCAUGAGUUACAACAAGCCGGAAUGGCCUUUCUUCGUGCCUGCCAUCCUUGGAGCCUUGAUCGAAGGUGCUGCCAUGCCGGUGUGUGCCGUUGCCUUGGUGGGAUCCAUGGAUGCCUUCUUCAAGCUUCAAGUGCCGGCAACCAGAGAGGAGGCACGAGAAGAAAUCCUCUUCCUGUGCUUGGUCUUUCUGAUCAUUGCGGUCUCUGUCCUGGUGGGUUGUGUCAUCGAGCAUGGAAGCUUUGCUCUUCUGGCCGAGUCCAUGACCUGCCGGCUUCGAGUGGCCAUCUUGAAGGCGAUCUUUCGACAAGAGAUUGGCUUCCACGACGAUCCAGAAAACACACCAGGCAUGAUGUCCAAAGCCUUGGAGAUCUGGGCCUUCCGUGUGAGCACGCUGUGCAAGUCCAUUGGCGCCAAAGCGGCGGCCCUGAGCUCCGUCUUGGUGGGUCUCAUCAUCGCCUUCGUCUACUGCUGGCAGAUGGCUUUGGUGAUGCUGGGCACCGUGCCCAUCAUGGUCGCCGCCAACGCCGUGCAGAUGUUGGUCAUGCUGGGCGCUUCCAAGGUGGACAAUGAAGGGAUCAAACAUGCAGCACAGAUCGUGAGCGAUUCCGUCAUGAAUGCUCGCACGGUUCAAGCCUUGAAUGUGGAGAGGAAUUUAGUGCAGAUGUAUGCGACGUUGGUGGGGAAAUCGACUGAAGGCAUGUGGAAGCGUAACUUCUUGGCCGGGCUUGGCUUUGGCAUUGCAUCUGGAGUCAUGUUCUUUGUCAUUGCUGGAGGCUUCUAUUACGCUUCCGUCCUCCGAAGGGAGGGUGUCGCCACCUUCAGUGAUACGAUGAUGGCCUUCAUGGGUGUCUUCUAUGCUGGCUUGGGUGCUGGGCAGUCGGCAGUUUUCAUAGGUGAUGCAGCGAAGGCCAAGGUGGCUUGCCAUGACAUGUUCAAGCUGUUGGACCGUGCCUCCAAGAUUGACGGCAUGGAGCCCAAGGGAGAAGUGCCCAGUGGGCCAACUGCCUUGGAGGCUGGCACCAUCGAGUUUGAUCAGGUGAAAUUCUUCUACCCCUUCCGACCAGAAAUCCAAGUGCUCAAGGGUGUGAACUUCAAGAUUCGCAAGGGCCAGUCUGUUGGCUUGGUCGGGCCUUCUGGAGGUGGGAAGAGCACAGUGAUGUCUUUGAUCCAGCGUUUCUAUGACCCGCAGGAAGGAUCUGUCUACAUUGGCGAGGCCCGAAAGCCGCUGGCGGAGCUGAACAUUCGCUGGUGGCGUCAGCAGAUCGGGUUUGUCGGGCAGGAGCCCGUCUUGUUCAACACCAGCGUGCGGAACAACAUCCUCUAUGGGGUGGACGGUGAUGUGGAUGAGGAAUAUAUCAAGAAGUGCGAGAAGAUGUGCAAUCUGAAGUUCCUCUACAAGUCCGGCAAUCAAGGACUGGCCACGGAGGUCGGGCCCCGUGGCAGCCGCUUGUCCGGUGGGCAGAAGCAGCGUGUGGCCAUCUGCCGUGCGCUGAUGCGGAACCCUGCAGUGAUGCUGCUGGAUGAGGCGACCAGUGCCUUGGACUCGCAGAGCGAAGCCAUCGUCCAGGAGGCGCUGAACGCUGCGCGCGAGGGCCGGACCUCCUUCGCCAUUGCCCAUCGCUUGUCGACCAUUGAGAGCUGCGACGUGAUCUUGGUGAACGCCGACGGGCGUGUGGUCGAGUCCGGCACACAUGGAGAGCUUAUGGCCUUGAAAGGGGUCUACUACAAGCUACAGAUGCAGUCCCGCAGGUAGCUUACAGAUGCAGCAAAGUAGCUGGAGCCGCUGGAGUCGUAGAAUCUCUGAGCUUGAAGACUCACGUUGGAAGAAAUCCCUGGUG